AUGUUCAAUGAGCAUACUUUAGCUACAUCAUACUUGCUCUCUAUCGUUUGUACACGAGUCACCUGAAUAAACGAUAGUACAUUUUCCUGUGUACGUGGAACGCGAUUUUUGGUCUCUCGUCACUAGCUGUCAGUGGAAUGUCAGACAACCUGCAAGUUGGAAAUAAAUAAUAACAAACGGAAAUUAUGGAUAAUAUGAGUUUGAAAGAGAUUCAAAGCAAGCUUUUACUAUGGGAGGCUGCAGAAAAUCCUCUUGCACCUCUAACGUCGCAGCAGAGAGAAGCUAUCUUAGAUUUAGAGUCACUUUUACUCGGUGUAUCUAGUGACUUGGACGAUAGAACAACAGAAAAUAAUGUUGAUGAGGAGUUUGAUAAGAGUAACAUGCCCACCGUAGACACAACAUAUGACUUUCUGGAGUGGUAUGAGAGUCUGUGUGACAACAAUUUGAAGACUGAUGAUGCGCCAUACGAGGCCUACCAUAAGCAGCUGGAUGAUAGAAGAAAUGAGUGUGUUGCAUUGACCAAUCAGAUUGGUGCUACAAUGUCUGAUUUGGACAAAUUGUCCGAACAAUACAACUUUGUAUCCAAUAAAACGAAUGCUCUGCACACAAUGAGUGAGCAACUGUUGGCUGAUCAAAAUAAACUGUCUAGCAUAGGUGACGACAUCAAACAGAAGCUGCACUACUUCACGCAGGUGGAACAUCUGUCCCAGCGACUGAACAGCCCCACCAUGUCUGUGAACAGCGAGACUUUCUUCAAUGUGCUCGCCAAGAUCGACGAGUGCUUGGAGUAUAUGAGAGCUAAUAGUAACUACAAGGAAUCCCACACCUACUUAGUGAAGUACCGCCACCUCCAAAGCCGUGCGAUCUCUCUCAUACGUUCCUACGUGACCCACGUCCUGAACCACGCCACGGAACAGAUGCUAGCUCCUAAGGACGAGGACCAGAAUGACCAGGAGAACAUGGACACCGCUUAUGCUGUGUAUUUCGGGAAGUUCCAAGCCGCUGCCCCCAAGCUGAAGAUGGUUAUUGGUGAAAUUGAAGCUAGGGCCGAGAAGAAUGCUGACUACGCAUCUCUACUGUCAGACAUACAACGCGAGUACGCAGGUCGUCGCUGGCGCGUGGCGGGCGCGGCGACGGACGGGGCGGUGGCGGGGCGGGCCGGCGCGGGACGGGCCGGCGCGGGCCGAGACGGCGCGGGCCCGGCCGGCGCGGCGCCCCCCGACCAUUGCUCGCAGCUCCGCGCCGCUUGCUCUCUGCUGGCACAUGCCUGUAGAGACGAAUGUGCACUCUACUAUCAUUUCUUCACAAAUCCAUCGCCAGCUUUAGAUGAAUACCUACAAUCAUUGUGUACGGGGCUAUACGAGUCGCUGCGGUCUCAAAUAAUCCACAUCAAUCACUUGGAGACUCUCGCCGAGCUCUGCGUCAUACUUCGAGUGGAAGUCAUUGAGGAGCAAGUUAAUAAUGAUCCCCGCCUGGCGGCGCUGGGCCAGUGCGCGCGCGCGCUGCUGCAGGACGCGCAGGAGCGGCUCGUGUACCGCGCGCACGUACACCUGCGGGCCGACGUCCUGCUGUACCGGCCCGGCCCCGGGGACCUCGCAUACCCCGCCAAACUGAUCAUGAUGGAGCAAAUCGCAAUAUCAAUUCAAGAGCAGUCUCUCAAACGGAGCGAUUCGCGGAACUCAAUGAUAUCUGACAUCUCGGCAACGUCGCAAGAAGUAGCGAAUAUAAACGUUGAAGCCCAGAAACGACCACAAGCCUCCCCAGCAGACCUUCACGGCAUGUGGUACCCAGGAGUAAGAAGGACGUUAGCAGCACUAUCCAGACUAUACCGCUGUCUAGAGAAAAAAGUCUUCCAAGGAUUAGCUCAAGAAGCCAUUUCUCUAUGCGUCCAAAGCGUAGAUAACGCAGCCAAGCAAAUCUCGACCAACGCCACUAAUAUAGACGGUGAAUUAUUCCAAAUCAAGCAUUUAUUGAUUCUUAGGGAACAGAUAGCGCCAUUCCAAGUAGAUUUUAUAGUGAAGGAGACGACUUUGGACUUUAGUAAUGUAAAGAAUGCUGCGUACGGGUUGAUACAGAAGCCGAGGCAGAUAUUUUCUUUGAACACUAACAAUGCGUUGUUAGAGUUCCUAUUGGAAGGUACUCCGAUGGUGAGGGAACAUCUCUUGGACUCAAGGAAGGAGGUCGACAGGCAGUUAAAGAGUUGCUGUGAACUGUUCAUCAAGGAUGCCACGGAGAUACUAGCUGGACCAAUGAUAGCGUUUAUUGAGAAGGCUACAGCAUUUGCACCAAUAGAACAGCUAAAGUCUCAGCCGUGGGCUACACCAGAAGAGAUAGCUGUGGCCGUGAAAGAAGCGCAGAAGAAGAUCAAGGCCCACCUCGCUCCAUUACAGCGGUCCAUGCAACUCUACCUUGCUAACAAGGAAACAGAGUUCAUUCUGUUCAGACCUAUCAGGAACAACGUAGUCGGGUACUUCGUGCAAAUAGAACAGCUGUUAACAAACGCAGGAUAUACUUACGAAGACACGUUGAUCGUGGCCUGUCCGACACCAGAACAAGUUUCCGUCUUCAUAUCCUCAGCGAGCCUGAUCAGUCACAGUGAACCAGUGCAUCCGUUUGGUACUAAGGUCAAACCUAGCGUGGUUAGGAAGCCUAGUGUGACUAGCGUGCAAGAAAAGGAAGAGGUUACAGUUGGUGUUGAAGCCACACCAGAUACUGUUACUCUGUAAACAUUAGGUACUUAUUUGUUCCUUUAUCUAGUUAUACAAAAAUGUUAUAUAGCAAAUGUUUAUUUGUUUGUAUAAAGUAUGAGCGCACUAAUCUCUGAAUUCCUAUUAAAUUCAAUUCAACAAUUCGAAUUAAAUAAUUACACUGGUCGACAAGUAUUUUGUCACAGCUAAAAUAUAUAAAUGUUUUGAAUAGAACUAAACUGACCUUAUUCUUGAAAGACAAUUGAUAAAUUCCUGAAAUUAUAUCAUUUUUUGCUUAAUCCGUGAGUUUGUACAAAAAAAGUCUAUAUUUAAAUAUUUUUUGAUAAAUAUAAUACAUAAUAGGUACAAAUCUUAUUCACUUGAUAACACUUUGAAUUGUUAUAGCAGUUUGAAAUUCACACUAAAUAUGCAUAUAAAAUUAUUUACAUCGAUCGCAUGCAAAAAAUCAAUAGAAACAAACUGCCAUAUAUCUCAGCUAUGGAGAAUGUUAAAGUAUCAAUUCAAAGUCCUAUGAAAAGAUUAAACUUGCAACUUUUAAAAUAAUUUGUUAAAAAUGUAGUAAAUGAAAUAGUUAAUUCUAUGUAAAGCAAUAAAAUACGAUAAAAUGAUCGAAUCACUGAACUUUGUUAACAGAUAACAAAACAUCUAGACGUGAUAGACAUAGAGAUUGUACUCAUUAUACAUAGUUCUAUAAAAAAAGUUACUUUAAAAAGGAUUUUUUGUAGACCAGUGUAUACUUAUUGUACUCUUUGGACCAGUGUAUUGUAUUAAUUUAUAGACGAUGGCUAUUCUACUAUUUUAAAUGCGAACGUUGGAUGUUUAUUUGUUACUCCUUGAUCUCAAAACAGCUGAAGGAAUCGGGACACAUGUUACGAUCUUACGAUCAAUAGGAGUCGAGUAGCGGGAGAACCCGCGCGGAAGCUGUAUUAUACUAAAGUAUCUAUGUAAGAGAUUAUAUUAUCCCUCUUGCCUUGUUAAAUGUUUAUUUUCAAAGGUUUAUUGUUAUUGACCAAAUACAUCUUGUCUCUCAAACUUCUGUUACAAGUUGUGCUUAUUUAUCUAUAGAAAGAUAUGAAGUAUGGAUUAAUUUAUCGAUGUGAAUAUAAAGUUAACAUUACUUUAUCAAAUAUUAUAUUAGUGGUUUAAUGGCAUAUGUACAGUCUGUAUUAUUUGGAGAAUGUGUUUCAUUGUGAAAUAUGGAUGUUUUAAUGGAGCUGUAAUGUAAUGUGAUUCAAGGUGUACCUACUAGCAUAGCCAACAUGAUUGAUUUUUUAUUCAAUUUGAA